AUGGAAGUAUACAUGGUGGAUUUAUUCCCCAUCAAAAUUGUGAUGGAACGUCAGAUCAUAAUAAUUCCUGUUCACUUCGGCCCUGGUGUUAAUGUCAUGCUUAAUAAGUGGAAAGGCUGGAUAAAGUGGAAUUCUCAAGGUCAUCUUGAUCAUCAUGCGAAGUCGGCCGCAGCCAACUACCCAGAUUGGUACGCUCGACGGAUGGCCGACAUUCGAGCAGCCGACUUGAAAUUCACUCUGCGAUGGGCCUACGACAGGUGGGGCAAACCAAAUAGCUUCAACGCGCUUGGCUUUGUCGGACCCGAGGCAGCCGCGGAAACUAAAGAUAGUCCAUUUUUCAUGCGAGAUUGUGGCACGAGAAAACCACAGAAGGUAGCUGCCGAUAUACCAACGGUUCGUUAUGGACAGCUCCAUCCGCCACACUACGAGCAGCCAGUGCGAUCUGAACUGUUUCCUCCCCUG